AUGGAUAUCAAGGAAAAGCCGACACUAUCCUUGUACCUAAUCUUCACUCAUUUACUUGGUCUAUACAGCAGCCUUGUGCUGUACCGUCUUUUAUAUCACCCUCUUCGGCAUUUCCCUGGGCCCUUUCUGUCAAGGGUUUCUGUAUUCUGGUUAUCAGUUCAACUUCGCCACAAGACUCUCUAUCGCAAGCUUGCCGACCUGCACAAUGAGUACGGUGACUUUGUCCGGGUGGGGCCAUCCGAUCUCUCAAUCAUCCAUCCUAAAGCCGUUAACACCAUCUACGGCUUCAAAUCUGCGUGUACCAAGAGUGCGUGGUACGAUAGCUCCGCACCCCUGAGAUCGCUUCACUCGCACCGUAAUAGGGCUGCCCACGACAAACAUCGCCGUACCUGGACCCCAGGCUUUACUGACCGUGCCCUACAUGGAUAUGAAAAGCGGAUACAGGUGUACAGGCAGAAGCUUAUCAACCAGAUAAAAUCGAUGGAAGACAGCAAGCCCCUUAAUAUUAAUACCUUGUUCACCUGGUAUGGCUAUGAUGUAAUGGGCGACCUGGCAUUCGGCCAAAGUUUCGACAUGCUGGUGAAAAGUGAGUCCCAUUGGGCCAUUUUGAUGAUACACAGUAUGCUUAAGCCUAUGGAGUAUUUGAUGCCAAUAUGGUUCUUCCGACUACUGUUAUCUAUUCCAGGCACCACCAAGGCAUUCUGGAAGUUCAAUGAAUACUGGGGUCAACUCUUCAAGAUGAGGAUGGCGACGAAGCAGGAAAUACCUGAUAUCAGUGCGUGUCUGCUCGAACCGCUGAAAGGACGGGCACCAACACCUGACGAGUUCAAUGUACUGCUCGGAGAUGCGUCUCUGAUUAUCAACGCAGGAGGGGACACUACGGCAACGACUUUGACCACAAUCAUAUACGAAUUGGCCCGUCGUCCAGGGGAGGUUCAGAAACUCCGGACCGAGUUAGUCAGUUGCACUACCGACCCGAACGGAGAAUAUACCCAGGAGAGCCUCGCAAUCCUGAAACAUCUAAAUGGUGUUAUCAACGAGACACUUCGCAUACACUCCCCGGUCCCGAGCUACAUCCCGCGAAAGACGCCACCAGAAGGGAUCAACAUCGACGGCACGCAUGUGCCAGGGAACAUGAAUGUAUCUUGCCCGCAGUGGGUUAUUGGCCGAUCCGAGAGUGUCUACCAAAACGCCCAAAACUUUAUCCCCGAGCGAUGGUACUUGUAUCCCAAAAUGAUCAAAGAGAGGUCUGCCUUUGCCCCAUUCACAACAGGGCCUUACACCUGCGUUGGCAAGCCCCUAGCCCUCAUGAAUAUCCGAGCAACCAUUGCUCGACUAAUAACAACUUUUGAUAUGGAACUACCACCUGGCGACGAUGGACGAGCCCUCGAGAGAAGCAUGAGGGAACAUUUUUCUAUCUACAUGGCAAAGGACAUCCAAGUACACUUUCAAAAACGUGCUAUAUAG